AUGGCUGAGACUGUUCUCGACGUGCUUCAAAUGCCGAACCCGUGGCUAAAUGCCAGUUCUGUCAGCGGAGGUUCAAACACAACCGGCAGAGACUGGAUAAGUGUUGAUUCAUGGCGGCCGUGGACCGAGUUCACAUUCGAAACUCUCUUGUCCGUCUUUCAACGGCCACUGAUGGCAUCCUGGAGAAACCCACCAGUAGUUGACCCAGGAUCCGACUUUGACCACGACAUACGGGAUGAGCUCAGCCUUGAUUAUUUUCUGGAAAAGUUCCUAUUCCCGAUCAUUAACCGAGCGCUGGAACGUGCUGCUGCCGUGAACUCGACGCGGGAAGUGUUUUACGUAAGUCCAGGCAGCUGGUGCCAUGGAAGUGGCCCGCCAGACUGGGGACUGGUCGCCGUCAGCAAUCUGUUUGAAGGGAAAUACAACAACAUUCUACCCGGUGACACCAAAUUGUCAGCAAAAUGGCAACCUUGGAUGGAACAGUCACAGAGCGAAAGCGAGCGAUAUCAAUGGACGUUGCCUAUUUCUCAGGUCAACACCUACGCAGCUGAUUCAGGUUGCCGCUACGGUUACAUCAUCACUGAUCAGCAUUUUGUGGCUCUGCGUUUUUCCAAAGAGAAUGUGGACUUGGGAUCCGCAUCUUCUCGUCCAAGCCGAAUUCCGCAGUCCUCUCAUCAAAGGGUCGCCUCAGGCGAGACGGACCUAUCGUCCAUCAUGGAUGCCAUGUCUCUCGACUCUUUUGGCGCCCAGUCCUUCAUUGACAAUAACCUCUUGAACAUCGAUUAUCAAGCUCCAGAAUACGCAGUAAUUCCCUGGUCUACUUCAGGGAGACGAAGGCUGACUGUCAAGAUGGCUUUGUUCUGUCUUUGCUUGAUGGCCGCUGGUGGAGUUACCCACAUUGAAGGCAAUUACCCUCCACUCGACAGUUGGAAUCAACAGGACCGACACCGAUUUAUCCAUAACACCUCUGGGGUCCUCUCAAAAAGAGUUCCCCCGGGCGCGACCAUUGUGAAUCCUAGCUUUGAUGAGGACCAACACUCCAAUCAUGACAAUACAAACGCCGAGUUACUCCGCGAGGACGAAUCCUACUAUCACCGAGAUCCAGCUGCCGAGCUACAUGACGACAACCAAGCCUAUGAGGAAGACUCCGACGCCCAAAAUGAACCAGUUGGCGUUGAUGAAGAGUCUGAUCAGUAUCUGCACUCAUCAACCCAACAAGAACAAGAUGAUAGGCGGGCUACUCCUGGCCCCCCUUUGACGGAGUACUCGCACCAAUUCGGCACCAAUCAGGGGUGGUUUCGGCAUCAGGAAGCAGAAACGGACGUCUCUUUGGGUGCUCUCGAGCCUGAGAUCGAGAACACAUCCCAUCCCGGCCCCUCUCGAAGUGCGCAGAGGAGUGGCAGGCAAUACACAGAAGUGAAGAUCCAGAAAAGGAUGCUUGGUGGGUACAAGUUUGCUUGGAAGGGUGGUGAAGUCACUACCACAAAGGAAGAAUGGAAGGCAGAGGGAGACAUGCUGAAAUUGAAAAAGAAGUUCGAUGGUCACUAUAUUAAAGGGCGGAAACCCUGA